AUGGCUCUCCUCAAAGCAUCACUAUGGCAUUUGUUAGCACUUGUCUCCAUAUUGGCUCUUCGCGUCAGUGCCAAGGAUGAUGGGCCACCUGCUGAAUAUAGCUCUCCCUCACCUCCUCCCUAUGAGUACAAAUCACCACCAUAUAUGCACAAACCUCCUCCUUACGAGUAUAUGUCGCCACCAUAUAUGUAUAAACCACCGCCCUAUGAGUACAUGCCACCACCAUAUGUGUACAAACCACCUCCCUACGAGUACAUGCCACCACCAUAUGUGUACAAGCCACCGCCGUAUGUGUACAAGCCACCACCGUAUGUGUACAAGCCACCGCCGUAUGUGUACAAGCCACCUCCAUAUGUGUACAAACCACCUCCUUAUGUGUACAAGCCACCGCCAUAUGUCUACUCAUCACCACCACCACCACCUUACAAGUACUCCUCCCCACCACCUCCACCAUACAUGUAUUCUUCACCUCCACCACCUCCUUACAAGUAUACUUCACCACCUCCCCCACCAUAUAAGUAUUCCUCACCACCACCUCCACCAUAUAAGUAUUCCUCACCACCACCUCCACCAUACAAUAAAAUCAGGUUCUUUUAUCAAAUACAGAAUAGACAAGAAAAACAGGUUAAUAGAGUUGAAGAAUUUCAAGGAGACAUGGCUCUCCUCAAAGCAUCAUUAUGGCAUUUGUUAGCACUUGUCUCCAUAUUAGCUCUUCAUGUCAAUGCUUACAAUGUUUGGCCACCUGUGGACUAUGCUUCUCCUCCACCUCCUUCCUACGAGUACAAACCACCGCCCUAUAUGUACAUGCCACCAACAUAUUACUAUCCAUCCCCACCUUAUGUCUACUCAUCACCACCACCGCCACCUUAUGUUUACAAUUCACCUCCACCACCUCCACCAUAUGUUUACAUGUCACCGCCUCCACCACCUUACAAGUACUCCUCUCCACCACCUCCACCGUACGUCUAUUCUUCGCCCCCACCUCCACCAUACGGCUAUUAUUCACCCCCACCACCCCCUUACAAGUACACCUCUCCCCCACCUCCACCAUAUGUCUACUAUUCACCUCCACCACCACCAUAUAUGUAUACUUCACCGCCACCUCCACCAUACCAGUACACUUCACCACCUCCCCCACCUUACAGCUAUUAUUCAUCUCCACCACCACCAACAUACAAGUGA